CUUCAUCAUUUGUACAUUUCUGAGAUUUUCCAUUUACGUGUGUCCGGAGGGUGCGAGCCAUAACAAACAGAAUGACCACCGCACAUCUCUCCGACACCAUUAUCCGGCCAAUUUCCGGCCAUUACGUCGCUAACCGGAGACUAAAACCACUGAAAAACUCAAUUUUCUUCAUCAAUCAUUCCAGACACAGAAGCUUAGUGUAUAAUAGAACUCAUACUACUCGCAUUAGACUGAGUUUAGUAGAACAAAUCCCGCCAAAAUCCUCGAAAGUCGACGUUGAACAGUUGGUGGAUUUUUUGUACGAGGACCUUCCACAUCUUUUCGAUGAUCAAGGAAUUGAUCGGACGGCUUAUGACGAACAGGUCAAGUUUCGGGAUCCGAUUACGAAGCACGACAGUAUAAGCGGAUAUUUGUUCAACAUCUCGAUGUUGAAGCUGGUGUUUUCCCCCGAUUUUCAGCUCCAUUGGGCCAAACAGACAGCACCUUACGAAAUAACUACAAGGUGGACAAUGGAAAUGACAUUCUCGCUCCUACCAUGGAAGCCAUUGUUGGUUUUUACAGGAACUUCGGUUAUGGGCAUCAAUCCAGAAAAUGGAAAGUUCUGCAGUCAUGUGGACUACUGGGAUUCUCUUAAGAACAAUGAGUACUUCUCUAUGGAAGGUCUUGUGGAUUUAAUAAAACAGCUUCGGAUCUACAAGACUCCAGAUUUGGAAACACCCAAAUAUCAGAUACUCAAAAGAACUGCAACUUAUGAGGUUCGAAAAUACAGCCCCUUUGUAAUUGUUGAAACACAAAGCGAUAAGCUAGCUGGGUCUACAGGAUUCAAUGAUGUAGCUGGGUAUAUAUUUGGGAAGAACUCAAGAGAGGAAAAGAUAGCCAUGACUACUCCAGUUUUCACUCAAGCAUUUGAUUCUAAAAUGUCCAAAAUGUCUAUUCAAAUUGUCAUUCCAUCCAAUAAAGACUUGGGAAGUUUGCCGAAUCCUAACAAAGAAGAAGUUGGUUUGAGGAGCGUUGAAGGAGGGUUUGCUGCUGUAUUAAAGUUUAGUGGUAAACCAACAGAUGAUAUUGUUCGUGAAAAAGAAAAAUUACUGAGGUCUAGUCUUAUUUCCAAUGGUCUAAAACCUAAAGACGGAUGUUUACUAGCAAGAUACAAUGAUCCUGGUCGAACCAAAAGUUUUAUGAUGAGGAAUGAGGUUCUGAUUUGGCUAGAGGAAUUUUCGUUGGACUAGUGUGGUUGCCUUUACGUCUUGGAGGAUUGAUGUUUACAAGAUUUUGUAUGUUGAUGAAGUUUGAUGCAAAUCGUAUAUUAUGCUCACAUGUAAAAACAAUUCGAAAAUGAAUAUAUUGUAGCACUAGAAAAGUGAUUAUUUUCAUA